AUGAAGGCCCUGCGCGGCGCCGUCUCUGACCUGCAGGGCGCCCUGGUGCGGCAUCAUGCCGAUGGGGACCCGCCCGUCGCAUCGCUGGUCCUGGACGACACCACCGUGGCGUUCGACCUGCUGAAGCCCGACGGGCCCGUGCACGUGAGCGUGGUGCUGUUCGAGGCGGACCGGUACCCCAAGUGUGCGCCGCUGCUGGCUUGCGAGGACGAUCUGGAGACGGCCGCGAUGCUGGACGCGAUCGCGGUCGAGUUCCGCGACGGCGGGGAGCUGGCCCGCAUCGUGGCGCGCAUAUGCGAGUCGUGCGGGCUGGGAUGCCCCGAGCUGGAGGCCCUGGCCGCGGAGGGGGGGGCGACGGAUUCAGGGUCUAAUGGGGGGAAUGCGUACGGCAGCGAUGGGGAGAGUUUGGGCGGGAGCGGGUUUGUGGACGGGUUGUCCGAGGAGGAGAAUGCGUCGUCGUUUGGAUUGGAGGAGGAGGAGGACCAGGAGAUGGUGGAGGAGCUGGGGAAGCUGCAGGGGCGGUGGCAGAGGCACGAGGACGCGUGGCGGGAGAGGGCAAGGGCGGGUGGCGAGGAGGGGGGCCCGUCGGCGGUGGGGAGGUCCGCGAGCGAGAGCGUGGCGCAGACGAGGCAGAUUUUCGACGAGGAGGAGACUUUCAGGAGGCUGUGCAAGGAGCUCCUGGACAUUAAGAGGGAGCAGGAAAACAGCAUGACUUUGUUGGUUGAUGCCAUUGAUGACGACAUCUACCGUUGGUGUGUCAACAUGGCAGGCUUCAACCCUUCAAGCUGUCUUGCGGAGGACAUCCUUGAGAUGAGCAGGUUGUACUGCGAUUCUUCUGUUCAGAUCCACAUGACAUUCAAACGCGGCCUGUAUCCAUUUUACCCCCCUCAGAUCGAGGUUGUCAGGCCACGAUUCAAAAUGCCUCUGGCUUGGGCUGUGGCAUCCCACCCAAUGUUCCACCUGUCAAACUGGGACCCCUGGCUCUCACCAAAAGCUGCCAUCCUACAGAUCAAAGACUUCCUGGAAAACCAUGCUCGCAUCGACCUAAACUCGCCUCUGAAUGCUCCCAGAGAGGGUGCAUACUCUGAUGCAGAGAGGCAGCUAGCUCGACUGGAGGCACUGUCAGAGUUGCCCCCAAGGUGCCUGGCCAGCCCACAAUUCGCAAAGUUGUAUGAAUCUCGAGGUGUUGCCGUGGACAAGAAUCAUCUGGAUGCACUCAUGCUGCCAGAUGCGAAGAGAAUGAAGCCCAAACCCAAAGGCAAAGAGUACUGGGCUGCUGGGACGGGGUAUGGCCAUGGGAGUGGAAGCACAGAGAUAUGGGAUGCGAAAGCCAGCGAAUUGGCUCAAAGAGCCCAUGAUGCUGAGGUUGAAAAGCUGCUCAUGGACCUCGAUCGGUCCCUGGCAACAGAGCUGGGUUGUUUACCAGGGGAUGGCAUCAGCGCAUCGACAUCGCCUGGGCCAUCUGGGAACAACGUCCAGAACGACGUGAACCCUGACAAGGUCUGCGCACUCCUGUUUGCGCUGGAGGGCUCAUGUCUGCUGCCAUUCCUUCACAGGGAGUUGAGUUGCGCAUCAUUCACGGACAUGUGCAAACGGCCUGAGUACUACUUGUCAAUCAUGAAGGUCGUCCACAAAUUAUGUCAUCCAUUUGUAGCCCACCUCCUUCACUCAAUCAAGGUGUCAGAAUCGUCGAAUGUGUCUUCGAUUCUUGAUUCCUUGCAGUUGCUGCAUGAGCCGGCAACAAAUUAUGGUAGGAUGAUAAAUCUUGCCUGCAGAGAAGCAGAAAUGGAUUCUGAGCGAAGGAGAAGGGCAGGACUGCCUACCCCAUCCAACUUGAAUCUCCAAGCAGGCAGCCCCUUGGCGAAGAGAAAUCUAAGCGUAGAGAAAGAGGAGAAGAUGGGGCGGCAGCUGUCAGAGUUAGUUGUGUUGGCUGUGGGAAUAUUGAUGCCCAUGGUGGCAAGAAACCAGGGCAGCAGUGCGGACGUUCCGUGCGGGCAUCCCUCCACAUCUGGAGGCUGUGGUGAUGAAGGUUACAUUCAGACCAUGAAAGCCAUUCAGUUGGAUUUCGUGGAGGGUCUGGAAGGGUACAACGCAUAUGGCCCAGACAGCCAGCGGGAGCUGUCAUUCCCCAAAGAGAGGGUGGUCCGGUUGAGCAGAGAGCUGUCAGGACUACGCUCCCUCCUCCCCUGCACAGCCUCCUCUUCUGUGUUUGUGAGGGUAGAUGAGCAGAAGCUGACUCUGUGGCAGGCCAUUAUAACUGGGCCUGAGGACACCCCCUACUCCGGAGGCUGCUUCCUGUUUGACCUCUACUUUCCGACAGGGUACCCUUCAACACCGCCAAAUGUCAAUCUCAAGACAACUGGAGGUGGUACUGUAAGGUUCAACCCUAAUUUGUACAACUGUGGGAAGGUCUGCUUGUCCCUACUAGGGACAUGGUCUGGGAGUGCUGGAGAGAGGUGGGACGCAGAGGUUUCAUCUGCCUUUCAGGUGCUUGUCUCCAUCCAGUCCUUGAUCCUCGUCCCAGAGCCCUAUUUCAAUGAGCCUGGGUAUGAGGAGGCCAUGCACACAGCACCUGGUAAGCAGCAGAGCAAAGCGUACAACCAGGAGAUCAGAGAGCAUUCAAUCCACAGGGCAAUGAUCGACUACUUAAGAGCGCCUCCCAAGGGGUUUGAGCACAUCGUCAGGACGCAUUUUUUGCUUCGGGGGGAUCACAUCUUGGCAACGUGCAGAAAGUGGAUUGCUGAGGCCGAGGAAGCCAAGUGCAGCACCCACGCAAGUCGGUUGAAAGGCCUGGUGGAGGAGCUAGGGAGGCUGCUGCAGGAUCUGAAACAGAGGUGA